AUGGGCAGUAAGUCCUGUGCAGAGGAGGGCCGAGGCCGGCCGGGGGCUGAUAGGAAAAGGAAAUUUUUUGAGACUGAUCUGGCCCACGACUCAGAAGAGCUCUUCCAGGAUCUUAGCCAGCUCCAAGAGGCCUGGCUAGCUGAAGCUCAGGUCCCCGACGAUGAACAAUUUGUCCCAGAUUUCCAGUCUGACAACUUGGUCCUGCAUGCCCCACCUCCAGCAAAAAUCAAGCGGGAGCUGCACAGCCCUUCCUCGGAGCUGUCAUCCUGCAGCCACGAGCAGGCUCUCUGUGCCAGCUACGGGGACAAGUGCCUCUACAACUGCUGUGCCUAUGACAGGAAGCCCCCCGCUGGGUUCAAGCCAUUAACACCACCCGCCACACCGGUGUCCCCUGCCCAGCAGGGCUCAGCUCUGCCACUGCCACCUCCAGCAGCCACCCAUGGGGCAGCCCCAGCCCCACACCCGCUGCAGGAGCAGAGGCUGCAGGAGCAGAGGCUGCAGGAGCAGAGGCAGCAGACCUUCGCCGUGCCGCGGCCACCUCACCCGCCCGUGCACAUGCCAAAGAUGAUGUCUGAAAACCAGUACCCUGCAGAGCAGAGGUGAAGCCUGAGCUCGCCCUGCCCCCCCUUCCCGCCGCAGCCCGGGGUGCCAGGGGACGGUCGCCCCGUCUACCACCGGCAGCUGUCGGAGCCCCUGGGCCCCACAGCCUCCCGGCCCCCUCAGGGAUUCAAGCAGGAGUACCACGACCCUCUCUACGAGCACGGAGACCCUGGCCUGCCUGGCCCACCCGGCCAUGGCUUCCAGCCCCCCAUGGGCAUCAAGCAGGAGCCCCGGGACUACUGCAUCGACUCGGAAGUGCCUAACUGCCCGUCAUACCUGCGGGGGAACGUCUUCCCCAGCAGCCAUGAUGGAUUUUCAUAUGAAAAGGACACACGAUUGUAUUUUGAUGACACCUGCGUGGUACCAGAGCGGCUGGAGGGUAAAGUGAAGCAGGAGCCCACCCUGUACCGCGAGGGCCCUCCCUACCAGCGCCGUGGGUCCCUGCAGCUCUGGCAGUUCCUGGUCACCCUCCUGGACGACCCUGCCAAUGCCCACUUCAUCGCCUGGACUGGCCGGGGCAUGGAGUUCAAACUGAUUGAGCCCGAGGAGGUAGCGCGGCGCUGGGGCAUCCAGAAGAACCGGCCGGCCAUGAACUAUGACAAGCUCAGCCGCUCCCUCCGCUACUACUAUGAGAAGGGCAUCAUGCAGAAGGUGGCUGGCGAGCGGUACGUCUACAAGUUCGUCUGCGAUCCCGAUGCCCUCUUCUCCAUGGCCUACCCUGACAACCAGCGGCCCUUCCUGAAGACAGAGCCCGACUGCCCGGUGCCAGAGGAGGAGACAGUGCCCCUGACACACUUCGAGGACAGCCCUGCCUACCUCCUGGAGAUGGAUCCCUGUGGCAGCCUUCCCUACGCUGAGGGCUUCGCCUACUGA